GCAAAAACGACAGUUGCGCAAACCAUACAAACAAGGGUAGUUCUGGCCACCUUGCCGCAGGCCAGUGGCGGAGUGGCCUAGAGACUCGCACGUCAGAUCGACGCCAGCAGAUGGGCGGGGGCAACCCGGGGACGAGAGUCAGGGGUCUCUCGGAUGGGCACCCAUCAUCGAAGCCACUUCGGGCCGCGGACGAGCAACCGGUGCCUUUUUGGGCUUAUCGCACAUGCAACCACUCGCGCUACGAAAAGUUGGCGGGGAAGAGGACGGCCCUGCCGGACCCCAGUGGCAACGUGGCCAGCAGCUCAGGUCUGCCAGCGGAGCGAAUCGCGAACUGCCAUGUGCUUUCGAGUGUCUUGAUCGACGCUGUGUGAGGUCGAUAGGCGGAGCAUGUAUUGGUGUUUGCAAAAGGAACAACAGGAACAGGACCCUUUGUGCUUUGCCUCGUUGUCGGUCUGCCUCCCCGUCCCUGGCUUUGUUUUUUUUCUGGAUGCUACCUUCAUGGGGCUCCAGGGUGGCUGUGGUCAGAACAGGGUCACCAUCAAACAAUCAUGCACGUGUAAUCCGUCCCACCACUUUGUCCCUCUCCCAUGUCAGCAAGCG